AUGGAGUUGUGUUCAGGUAACCUCAAGGAUAUUAUUGAACGCAAACCGGAAGUGUUUAACAGAAAGUUGGGAGAACCUAUGGAUUUUCGCGAGUAUUUCAUUUCUUGUGAAAUAUUCCGAGAGAUCUUAGAAUGUGUUCAGUAUUUGCAUGAAUUGGAUCCACAGAUCAUUCAUAGAGACCUCAAACCCGCAAACAUAUUAAUUACACUAAAAUCAAGUGAUGGCAGGCAUAUCAAGUUAGGUGAUUUUGGAUUGGCUACAAUUCAUGACAAAAGUGUUCAUAAAUUUACCAAGAACAAACUUACAUCUUGCGUUGGUACUCCUGGAUAUAUUGCUCCCGAAAUAUUAGCAGGCAAGGUCUACGAUCACAAAUGUGAUAUUUAUAGUUUGGCUGGGGAUGGGACUGGGGCUGCAAACCAAUUGAAGCCUGAUGAAUUGACUGCUGAUCAACUCAGAGAGUUGUCAAUCAUGAAGAACCUGAAGGAUAAUCAUGUGGUCGAGUAUAACAUGUCGUGGACAAGGGAUGGCUUUUCAUAUAUAUUGAUGGAGUUAUGUGAAUGCGAUUUGAAUGCAUUGAUUAACUCCAUGAAAGGGCUGACCAAAUGUGGCGACAAUGUAGAGCCCAACCAUUUCGAGUACUUCGUGUCGUUUAGUAUAUUCUAUGAGAUAGCACAGGGAGUUCACUAUAUCCACUCAUUCAAACCCCACCCCAUUAUGCACCGGGACCUCAAGCCAUCCAAUAUUCUAAUGGACAAGAAUGGCGUAUUGAAGCUAGCAGAUUUUGGUCUGGCUAAAGUGGUAGAAGGGUCGGUCACACAUACAUCAGAAGUAGGCUCCGCUUUUUAUAGGGCGCCCGAAGUUGGUAAAGGUUUGCGUUCUCACUACAAACAGUCCGCCGAUAUGUAUAGCCUGGUUUAUCCGAACCAAGUGUAACUGGAAAGAUUCAAACUUUACGCGAUAUUAUAAAUAAAAUGGUCACGGUUAAAUUUAGUGCUCGACCAAAUAGUGAGCGACUGCUAGAAAUGCUGAGCGAAAUUGAGCCUGUUAAUAUGGAAUCAGUUUUGGCCGAGUACCUGGAUUAUACUGAUGAGUUACAAAAUGAUAAACACAAAAAUCUGUAUACAUACAUAUCCACCAAAAUUGGUAAUUUAUUGCAAAAUAUUUGAUUUAAAUGAUACUAUUAUUACAAUUUAAACUUAUUUAUUUGACUUAUAAAA